AUGUUGUCCAGCCUGAGUGAGUGGCUGUGGCAGGAGAGGUACUGGUUACCACCCAACAGUACAUGGGCACAACUGGAGGACCGAGAUGGCCUGGUGUUCGCCCACCCUCAUCACAUGCUUGCUGCCUUGCCAAUGGCUCUGGUCCUGUUGGCUGUGCGCAUCAUCUUUGAGAGAUUUGUGGCCUUGCCCCUGAGCCGGUGGAUGGGUAUAAAGGACCAAAUCAGGAGGCAGAUGACACCUAACCCAGUGCUGGAGAAAUACUUCCUCAGGAUGGGGCAGAGACCUGUGGAGACCCAGAUGGUCCUCCUGGCUGCCCAGUGUGGUCUCACACUGCGACAGACUCAGCGUUGGUUCAGGAGACGUCGGAACCAACAACGGCCUUGCCUGUCCAAGAAAUUCUGUGAAGCUAGCUGGAGGUUUGUCUUCUAUCAGUGUUCCUUCGUGGGUGGCAUCUCUAUCCUCUACCAUGAGCCAUGGUUUUGGACGGUGGCAUUGUGCUGGGAAGAUUAUCCACAACAGACCCUGAAUCUGGCCCUGUACUGGUGGUACCUCGUGGAGCUGGGCUUCUACAUUUCACUGCUAAUCACUUUGCCCUUUGACAUCAAACGCAAGGACUUCAAGGAGCAGGUGGUACACCACUUUGUGGCCAUGGGGCUGAUAGCCUUCUCCUACAGCUCCAACUUGCUGCGCAUUGGCUCCGUGGUACUGAUGGUGCAUGAUUCCUCUGACUACCUGCUGGAGGCUUGUAAGAUGUUCAACUAUACCCACUUCCGGCGAGUGAGCAACACUCUCUUCAUCAUCUUCUCCUUAGUCUUCUUCUACACUCGCCUCAUAUGCUUCCCCACCCAGGUCAUCUACUCUACUCUGUUUGACUCCAUCAAGAACUCGGGCCCCUUCUUCGGCUACUAUUACUUUAAUAUGCUCCUGCUGGUACUGCUGAUUCUCAAUGUGUACUGGUUCUGUCUCAUCAUGCGCAUGAUCUUCGGUUUCCUGAGGAAGGGUCAGAUGGGAAAGGACAUUCGUAGUGAUGCAGAAGAAUCAGACUCCAGUGAUGACGGGGCAGUUCCUGAAGGUCCUCAGCUGAAGAACAGAAUGGCUCCAGGGUCUGGGCCAGCCAUUGCCAAUGGCCCACGGAGCCGGGCAGCUGGGCGCCUGGCCAAUGGGCACACCCAGGCUGCCUAG